AUGAGUACUACUGAUUUCUGUGUAGAAGCAAUUCUCCAAAAAAGUGGCAGCAGUUCAUCUCUCAACUCUAGCUCUAGCUCUGAGAGCAGAAAACCUGAUACCCCAGUCCAUCAAAAAAGUGGCAGCAGUUCAUCUCUCAACUCUAGCUCUAGCUCUGACAGCAGAAAACCUGAUACCCCAGUCCAGAAGCAGGCCCAGAAAAGGAAGAGAGAAGAAGAGGAGGAGAGUGAGCAGCCAACUAAGAGAGGAAGAACAUGCUACAACAAGAAACAGCUCAGCUACUUGGAGGCUUACUAUUCACACAAUUCUUACCCAGACAAACUGCAGAAGGAAGAGAUUGCAACCAAGCUCUCCCUACCUCAACGCAAGAUACAUGUAUGGUUUCAAAACAGGAGAUCUAAGCAGCGCAAACUGACAAGCAGUUCCAACCCUCAAGUCAGUAUCCCCACCAGUCUCUCAGGCUACCUCUCACAGCCGUUACCACCGACAACAAGGCCGUCACUGUAUCUACAACCGCCGUUUCUACCGACAACAAGGCCGUCAACGUAUCUACAACAGCCACCAACCCCAGAACUACCCCUCUACCUGACGCAGAGCACAGACUACAACCAACAGCCCAACAAUCAGCAGCCCAACACCUUAGUCCAUCUGUCUAGACCCGGACCUCAAGACUGUCUGCCGAGAUACAGUCCACCGGUGACCCCCCAUUUUCCUGUGAGCCCCCCUCAACCCAACACACCCCCUCUUUAUCUGCCGUUCACUACAACCAACCCACAAGUGCCCUACCCUCGGCCACAGACUGAACAACUUGGCCACCCUAGCAACAUGACUGUUAGUAGUAUGUACACCCAAGCACCAAGUCAGUUUAGUCAGCCAGCAGUUAACUAUUGGUAA